AUAAAGUAUUAAUUUGAAUAAGUUAAUUUUGUCGGUAGACCCUCCAGGUGCUACAUUGGCUGCUGAAAGUGAAAAGAAAUCAUUUGACUACACGCCAUCAAUGACCACUACAAGGAGGAAUGAUAAGAAAAUGGAAACAUCCUCUGCAUCAAAUCCAGGAAGUGGAUUGGAUGGAGAUUUUGAUUGGCUCACAGGAAUCAAAUCUUCACCUGCUAAAGAGGCUCCUCGACAGAAUAUCAGCGACAUUGUGAGACCUAAAACAGCUGCCUCCCCAGUUACCUCAACGCCUCAGCCUUUAAAGGCACCUCCUUCUGCUGGGUCAAAACCCAAAGAAAGUAAAAUACCUGAUUGGCUCGAUGAAUUGGUCAAGGAUUCUUCUCAACAGAAGAAGGAAUUGUCUGCUGCAGAAGAUGACUCUAAGAAGUUUCCUGAUUGGCUUAAAGGAAAUUCUUCAGAUCCUCAACAAGACCAGCCUCAGGAAAGGCCAGAGGAACAUCAAGCUAAGAAUGUUAAGAUCUCUUCUGGAGAACAGGUAAAUGAAGUUGAUAGCAACAUCAUGUCUAAGCUGGCAAGUGUACAAAUGGAGCUCGUCGCUGCUAUGAGCAAGCGGACCGAAAAUCUUCAGAUUUACAUGCAAGAAUUGAUGCAUGAAGCGGAAAGAGUGGUCAGCAGUAACAGUGCAUCACCAAACAGUAAAAUUUCUCCGAUCCAUGUGAAAAAUCAUGAUUCUCCAAAAGAGAAUGGAGACGUAAAUAAUGAAUUGGUAUCUAAUCAUCUUUCAGAAGAGCUAGCUCAUAAAGAUAAUUUAAUUCAUGAUCUAGAGAUUAAGGUUGGUCGACUAGAACUGCAAAACGAACAUUUGGAGAUGAAGAUUCAAAAUCUGAUAAAAACUCAUGAAAUGGAAAUUGAAAGUAUAAAAAAGACCCAUGGAUAUGAAAUAUCUGCAUGGGAAACUCGUUUGCAACGCCUAACUAAAACCUUUGAAGAAACUACGUCAGAGUAUGAAGAAAAAAUUGAAAAAUUAAAGGAAAAAGAAGGACUUAUUAUUGCAGAACACAAGGAUAGAAUUGCUAAGCUCGAAGAGGAACGCAUUGCAGACUUGACUAAAUUAGGAGAAUUCCAUCGCCUCGCCAUGGACCAAGCUGCAUCUUUUACUGUAGUGGCUCCUAAUUCCAUAUCCCAAACGAUACGUCUACCUCUAAGAGGACAACAUCGUCCAAAGGAUGAAGUCGAACUUUCAGAGAGGGAGUCAGCGCUAUUGGAGAAAGAACGACAGAUUGAAGUGCUGAAAGCAACAUUAGAAGCAGAGAGGAAAGAACUGGAAGAAGCUCUUGAAAUGGAUAAGAUAAGGCGAGAGGAGCACGCAAGAGAGUCUAGGAGACAGACGACAGAAAUACGGCUACGCGAGGAAGUGCGGCAGACUGAGACCAAAAGGGAAAGAGAACAGUUAGACGCGCUGGCACUCCAGAUCAAGAUAAUGAGAGAUGAAGCAUUAAAAGAACAAGGGGAAAUAGCGAAAGAGAAGCUGGAAUUAGCUGCAGAGCGCGCUAGAUUAGAAGCUACCUAUUCCAUCCAGGGUAGAACAGAAGGCUCCAUCCCUCCGUUGGAUAUCAUGCAGGCCCGAGCUGAAGUGGAGGCAGCCCUGGAGACAGCUCGGCAGGCGAAGGAGGCCGCGGAAAUGGAACGGAGGAGGCAGGCCGAGAUGAGGCAGGCGGUCGAGCAGAUCACUUGGGAACAGAAGGAGAUGGACCUCAGACUCGAGAACAGGGAGAGGCACGUCAAUGACAUGCUCAAGAGUGCUGAAAGAUUGAGAAAUGAAGGCUUGUCAGCCAUUGAAGAAGCAAAAGCAAUGAAGCUUGAAAUGGAAAAUCAACAAAGAGAAGUUAGAGAACAAUUGAAUCAAAUUGAAACUAAAGAAAGAGUUUUAGCAAAGACAUUCGUCGAUCCAAAAGCAGUUAUUAUGAGAUUAAAGGCUGAAAAAGAACUUGAGUCAUUUAUGACAGCUCGGAAAUGA